CGGCUUUUUCGUUUCCCAAUAAAAUAUGACGAGUAGAUACAAAAAAAACAAAGAAAAAAAACACGUCAAAUAAACACAAGAUUGGUUCUCUAAACCAAUUCAGACACAAACUCUCUCCUCUCUAUCCUUCUCUGCCUUCUCUCUUCAAUUUAUUUCCUCAUACCAUCUGGUCCAUCAAAUACAAACUGAGAGUCCAAGAUGGCCGGAGGAGAAGGAGAGCUCACGACGGCUCUGUUGAAAAAGACCGUGGAGACUGGCGGAGAAGAGGAUGAGUUGGGGAUGAAGGAAAAGGUUUGGAUUGAAUCAAAGAAGCUAUGGGUUGUGGCGGCGCCGGCGAUCUUCACGAGAUUCUCUACGUUCGGAGUUUCAAUGAUAAGUCAAGCUUUCAUCGGCCAUCUUGGCCCAACCGAGUUGGCUGCGUACUCCAUCACCUUCACCGUUCUCCUCCGUUUCAGUAAUGGUAUCUUGCUAGGCAUGGCCAGUGCAUUGGAAACCCUAUGUGGUCAAGCUUACGGAGCCAAACAAAACCAUAUGCUCGGGAUCUACCUCCAAAGGUCAUGGAUCGUCCUCACAGGUUGUACCAUUUGCCUCAUGCCCGUCUACAUCUUCUCUGGCCCUAUUCUCUUAGCCUUAGGUCAAGAGGAACGUAUUGUCCGUGUGGCUCGUAUAAUAGCAUUGUGGGUCAUAGGCAUCAACUUUUCCUUCGUGCCUUCCUUCACUUGCCAAAUGUUUCUCCAAGCUCAGAGCAAGAACAAGAUCAUUGCCUAUGCGGCUGCUGUCUCUUUAGUGGUCCAUGUCUUCCUCUCUUGGCUCCUAAUGGUUCAUUUUGAUUUCGGGAUCACUGGUGCUAUGACCUCGACGCUAGUUGCGUUCUGGUUGCCUAACAUUGCUCAGCUCUUGUUCGUCACAUGUGGUGGGUGUAAGGACACGUGGAGAGGGUUCUCUAUGAUGGCUUUCAAAGAUUUAGGGCACGUCUUCAAACUAUCUAUGUCUUCCGGUGGAAUGCUUUGCUUGGAGUUAUGGUACAACUCGAUCUUGGUACUACUCACUGGAAAUUUGAAAAACGCAGAGGUGGCUCUUGAUGCACUAGCAAUCUGCCUCAACAUAAACGGACUGGAGAUGAUGAUAGCACUUGGGUUUUUGGCAGCAGCAAGUGUAAGAGUGUCCAACGAGCUGGGUAGGGGAGAUGCAAAAGCAGCCAAGUUUGCAACAUUGCUGGCGGUUUUGACAUCACUCUCUAUAGGAACAGUUCUAUUCUUCGUAUUCUUGUUUCUAAGAGGAAGAAUUUCCUACAUUUUCACUACAAGUGAAGCUGUCGCCGCAGAAGUUGCCGAUCUUUCUCCACUUUUAGCCUUUUCGAUUCUCUUGAACAGUGUUCAACCCGUUCUCUCUGGAGUUGCGGUUGGAGCGGGAUGGCAAGGAUAUGUUACUUACGUUAACCUCGCUUGCUAUUACAUUGUUGGAAUUCCUAUUGGGCUUUUCCUUGGUUACGGUGUUGGUUUGCAAGUCAAAGGUGUAUGGAUCGGAAUGAUCUUUGGAGUAUUCGUUCAGACUUGUGUGCUUAGCAUCAUGACUCUGAGAACAGAUUGGGAUCAACAGGUAUCUACGUCUUUGAGAAAUCUAAACCGGUGGGUUGUACCAGAAUCUAGAGAUGCAAAUAAAAUUUCAUCAGAGGAACCGAAUAAUUAGUUUGGAUUCGGGAAAUUCUCAUUAGAAAUAUCAUUACUCUUCUUUCAAUGUAACUUUGUUCUAAAAGGUUGAGAAGAAUAUCACAAUUCACAAGUUUGAGUUUAUUUGAUGUCCUCGUA